UUCUUUUUCACAGAGACGUAAAGGAAGCCUGAACGCUCUCCGGGUCACGUGACCCCGGUUUUAGCCAGGCAGAAAUAUAUAAAAGAAGUGCGGUGAUAAUUGAUAUCUGUUCGUAUAUGCGCGGUUUACGGUUUCUCGGUAUAUAGUGUGGUGAGGCUCGGCGGUAUCCGGUGCGCUCUCUCUCUCUCUCCCCCGCUUUGUUCGGCUCGAUGGUAGGCGCCGAUGUCGCCAUGGCAGCUCACGCGAGCGAACUGGAGCUGGCGAAGAAGAACCUGACUGAUGUGAUCGGGGACAACAUCAAACAUUACUGGGCGAAUCUAAAGCUGUGGUUCAAACAGAAAAUCAGUAAAGAGGAGUUUGAUGUUGAGGCCCGUCGACUUCUGGGACACGAUAACGUUCACGUGCACAAUGACUUCCUGUUGGCCAUUCUCACGCGUUGCCAGAUCAUCGUAUCCACACCAGAGGGUCCCGGCUCGCUGCAGUGGUCCGGCGGUUCUGCCUCGAAGCCCGCCAAGCCCAAAGGCAAAAAGAAAUUUUCCUCCGUGCGCCAGAAAUUUGACCAUCGCUUCCAGGCUCAGAACCCACUGAGCAGCGCGCAGACGUUCAGCCCUCGUGAGUCUCGAGCGGAGGAGGAAGAGAUGAUGAAGCUCAGUGCUCACACGCUCUUACUGCCCACUAGGGGGCAGCUGGAGGCUCGCAUGAUGGUGAGCGCCUUCGAGAUGGGUCUCGACAACGUGACCGAGGACGCCGUGAGCACUGUGGUGUGCGCACUCAAGGUGCAUUUGAAAGACCUGCUCACUGCAGUGGUGUCGAGGAGAAAAGCCUACCGUCUGAGAGAAGGACAUUUCCAGUACGCGUUUGGCAGCGACGUCGCACCACAGCCGUACCUGAAGAACAGCCUGGCAGCGUAUCACACCGUCACUGAGUGCCCCCCUUCCAGCGCCUCGCUGCCGGCUGCUCUGCCCUCCAGGGUGUCUCCAGACGAUGCCGAACAGCAGGCUGCUUUCCUAUUGGCCUGCUCUGGAACCAGUGCCCCCGCCCCUCUGCCUCCCAUCAGCAUCUACGACCUACUGGAGGCUCUACAGGUACACCGGAGCGCGAUGCCCUCUCACACCAUGUACGCUCUGAACAUGGAGCGCAUCCUCGCCCGCCUCUGGCACCCGAGUCACGAGGAGCUCGAGCAGGACAACAUCCACAGACAGCGUCUAGCCGCCAAGGAGGGUCUGUCACUCUGCUGAGGCCACACCCAUUUUUUUCUGUCCUACAGCUGGACUGCGUACGGACAGUGCAGACUUCCACAUCUUGUUUGAAUUUAUACGGUUGAUGCCUAUGUGCUUUUGUUAAUAUAUUUUUUUUAUUAAUGAAAUACAGUUCACAUUUUCACUGCA